GUGACUUUUCAAGGAGUAAACCCACAUAGAAAUGUUUCCAUUUGCGAAAAAUGUGCAAAGACGCGCCAUGUUUUUUUUUUCUUUAUUUUGCAUGAAGAAUGGCUCUUGAAAUCAUCCAAGGCCAUCUUCGUGCUGCUUUCCAAUGGCGGCACGGAGGGUGAUGGAGGAGGCGUAUCCUAGCAACGAGAAGCGGGCCGAGUUGUUUGGUCACAGUGACGCCAUGCAGACUGGAACGGGGUACAGUACACGCCCCCCCAGCCCCCCCCCCUUUAAAUUCUAAACCACUGUGCAUCGUCACUUUGCAGGACAUGCAGCCUCCGUAACCUGGAAAAGUUCAAGACAAUUGGGGAUUUGAAGAAGCAAAGCAAAAAAAACUUUGCUGAAGGAAUUCCAAAAGAGACAAUGAAGACGUGAAAUGUGAGCUUACGCUGCCCUCUUGUGGCGGAAAAACAAAGUGACGCAACGCAGCCAGCCUCAGCAGACAAAAAAUGGACCAAAACUUUGCGCGACUUUUGUUGCUUUGAACCACACCCGACGACUACGAGGCCCAUUUUACAGCACGGAUGCCCCGUUUUCACACUUUUUGUGAAAGAUUUAGCAACGAGUUGAGCGUGGAAUGCAAGGCCGCACAUGGUGAGUGCAAGCGGGGUCCCUGCCGGACGCCUUGUUGUUGUCCCAGUUUGUGCAGCUGCCUCGCGCCACCUCCUCCUCCUCCUCUUCGGUGUCACACACAAAAAGCUUUUUAACGGACGGUUUGUCUCCGAGGCCUGGGGGGAAGCUCUCGCUUUGUCCCCCCCACCCCCACCACCCCCCUCGGGCGGAAGAGCCAAUCAGUGACCGAGGAAGUUCGGAGGCACAGGGAGGACUUGGCGAGGGAUUGCGAAAGUUCGCUGGUCUCGGCUUUAUUCCUGGCAGAGCGUUGCGUUCAGGUCAGAGGCAUGAGGCAGAAGAAGGACGACGACGACGACGACGAGGCGGUGCACCUGCGGCGAGAGAUCGGCCUGGUGCCCGCCGCGUCCUUGAUCGUCGGCACGGUGGUGGGCAGCGGCAUCUUCAUCGCCCCCAAAGGGGUUCUGAUGAACAGCGGCAGCGUGGGCCUCUCGCUGCUGGUGUGGACGCUUUGCGGGGUGCUUUCCUUGUUCGGAGCGCUGUGCUACGCUGAACUGGGGACCACUUUCACCAAAUCGGGGGGCCACUACACUUAUCUGCGCGAGACCCUGGGGCCGCUCCCUGCCUUUUUACGCCUGUGGGCGGAGUUCCUCUUCAUCAGGCCGGCCGUAGCAUCCUACGUGUCACUCGCCUUCGGCCGCUAUGUGGUCGAGCCCUUUUUCGCCCCCUGCGAAGCCCCCGCGGCGCUCAUCCGACUGGUCAGCCUGCUGGGUGUGACGUUCGUGGUGGCCGUCAACUGCUGGAGCGUCACCGUGGCCUCCCGCACCCAAGUCACCCUGACCUUCGUCAAGACCUUCGCCCUGGUCCUCAUCAUCGUGCCCGGCGUCAUGGCGCUGGCCAAAGGGAAGACGGAGAACUUCCGCAAGGGCUUCGAGCUGGAGGCGUUGACGCUGGACAGGCUGCCGCUGGCUUUUUACAACGGCCUGUACGCAUACGGAGGAUGGUUUUAUCUCAACAUGGUGACGGAGGAAAUCAUCAACCCAAACAGGACCAUCCCGCUGGCCAUCCUGGGCUCCAUGCUGACGGUGACGGUGCUCUACGUGCUGGUCAACGUGUCCUACUACACGGUGAUGACGCCCGGCGAAUUGCUGGCGUCCGAAGCUGUGGCCGUGACAUUCGCCAACCGCGCUCUGCAGGGGGUGUCGGCCAUCAUUCCCCUCCUGGUGGCGCUGUCCUGCCUGGGAGCCCUCAACGGCGGCUUCUUUUCCUCGCCCAGGAUGCUGUUUGCGGGUGCCAGAGAGGGUCACUGGCCCCGCAUCUUCUCCAUGAUUCACAUCCGGCGACACACGCCGCUGCCGGCGGUCUUGUUGCUGUACCCGUUGGUGGCGCUGAUGCUGAUCACCGAGGAGAUCCAACACCUGAUCAGCUUGGCCUCCUUCGCUCGCUGGUUCUUCAUCGCCCUGGCGACGCUGGGGAUGCUGGUGCACCGCUCCCGCUUCCCGCGGCUGCCUCGGCCUUUCAAGGUGCCCCUGGUCAUGGCCGUCACCUUCACCGCCGUUUGCUUCUUCAUCGUGGGCCUGUCGCUGUACUCGGACCCCUGGAACACGGGACGCAGCUGUGCCUUGACGCUGACCGGCGUCCCCGUCUACUACGCGGCCGUGCACCGCUCCCGACUGCCGCCCAGAUGGAGGCGCCUGCUCGAUUACUGCAGCAAGCAGCUCCAGAUUCUUCUGGAAGUGGCCCAGCAGGAGGUGAAAACCUACUGAGUACAAAGCAAUUUUUGUGCCCACCCCCACACACACACAUUCCAUCAUUUUGCUCGAGGACACGCGUCAAACUCACGACAUUGUUUCUUUCUGUGUUCAACAAUCCAAACCUUUCAAUAAACUUGAGAGUAAACGCGUUUCGAGGCACCAACGCGUUUUAUUGUGCUUCUCUGUACUCUUGAACACAAACACAAUCCCAACUGCUGGUAACACCAAGCGGUGCUCUUGACGGCGCCGUGCAAUUGAAACGGCUUAUUGCUAAACAGCCCGCACCGCAUUCCAACCCCCCCACCCCCCCUCCAAACCGAACGGAGGACCCGCAAAAUUAAAUAAGAAAACGUGCAAAUCAAUACCCAAAGAUAUUUGUCGGAACAAACAAAAGUGUCAGUGUGGCAGUUCUUCAGAAGAACAAAAA